AUGGCAAACCCAGGAAUUUCUAACUGCGAGUCCCUUCUGGAAGUCCACGACAUUCUAACUGGUAGCCCUUGCUAUCAAGACAGCUAUCCCAGCACCAUGUUCAAAAAGAGGCACGGGAGCAGAAAGAUUUCUCGGUCAGAGCCCCCUGCUGAGAGGGUGUCCGUUGCAGGCUGUCAGCUGAUGACGGUUAGGAGAGGGUCUCCGGGAACAGAAGUAAUCCAGAACCCAGCCGAGGGCUGUGGGGCGGUCCUUCAGGCCCUGAGCGGCUCUAUCAAUCUCCCCGGGCCGCUAGGCCUUGGGACAGCCAAGGCCCCUCCUCUCCCCGGCGCCGUGCCCGCCCCCCGCGCUUCGUUUGGGCCUCGCUCCGCCUCCCACGAGGGGACCGCCCUGGAGCCGGGCAUGGGCCCCGGGAUCCCUGCGGCCGGCUUUCAGGAAUCAGUGACCUUCAAGGAUGUGGCUGUGGAAUUCACCUGGGAGGAGUGGAGGCAACUGGACCCUACUCAGAGAAUCUUAUUCAGGGAUGUGAUGCUGGAGAACUAUAGGAACCUUGUUUCCUUGGGGCUUGCAAUUACCAAACCAGAUGUUAUAUUCCAGUUGGAGAGAGGAGAAGUGCCAUGGAUGCUUGAGAGAGAAGUCCCAAGAAGCAGCCCUACAGAGUGCCUUAAUCUGGAGUCUAGGUGGGAAACAACAGAGACGAUUACAGUUCAAGGCAUUUCUCUAGGGAAGUUAUCUAAGGAAAGACUCAAGGAUGGACCAUGGGAUUCUGUGUUAGGAGAAGCUUGGGAAUGUGCUUGUCCAUUGGAGCAACAGAAAGCCAGCUAUGAAACGCAAUCCCAGCAAGUGACAGUCACUCAAAGAAAAACUUCUGAUUUUUAUGCUAAUGAAUGUAAUAUAUUGGGGACGGACUUAAAUCUGGGGUCAAUACUGAUUCCUCAACAUCAAGAUCAUAAGGGGAAAAACCUUCAUGAAUGUGAUAUACAUGGAAUAAACUUCAAACAGUGUUCAGAAAAAUGUAAGCAUAGUAGUAUUUUUUCUGAGAUAAUUUACAAAUAUAAAUAUAGAAAGUCAGAUAGUUAUGAUUCAGAUUGUACUCAGAAUCACAGAAAAUAUAUUGAAAAAAAAUCAUGUGAAGGUGAGAAAGUAUCGAGUAGUAAUAUAUCCCUUACAAAUCAUCAGAUAAUUCCAGCUGCUCAGAAAUCUUUUCAGUAUAAUUCAUGUAGGAAAGACUCUAGCUGCAAAUCUCUUUUUCUUUAUCAAGAACUUCAUACUGAAGAGGAACCCUUUGCAUGUAAGGAAUGGGAAAAAUCCUUGAGCUGGCAUGGACAGCUUACAGAACAAAAAAGAGUUCGUUCUGGAGAAAAACCCUUUGAGUGCAAUAAAUGUGGGAAAUCUUUUACCUGGAGGGGACAUCUUACUUUACAUAAGAGAAUUCAUGCUGGAGAGAAAGUUUUUGUGUGCAUUGAAUGUGGAAAAUCCUUUAAUCAGCUUGGAAGGCUCAAUGAACACAAGAGAAUUCAUACUGGAGAGAAACCCUUCCCAUGCAAUGAAUGUGGGAAAUCCUUUAAUCGACGUAAAGCACUUAUUAUCCAUAGGAGAAUUCAUACUGGAGAGAAACCCUUUGGUUGUAGUGAAUGUGGGAAAUUCUUCAAUCAGAGGGGACAUCUUACUGGGCAUAAGAAAAUUCAUACUGGAGAAAAACCCUUUGAAUGUAAUGAAUGUGGAAAAUUCUUUAGGCGGAGGCGACACCUUACCAGACAUAUGGUAAUUCAUACAGGAGAGAAACCCUUUGAAUGUGAUGAAUGUGGCAAAGCCUUUAAUGAAUGUGGAAAGCUUACUGAACACAAGAGAAUUCAUACGGGAGAGAAGCCCUUUGAGUGUACUGAAUGUGGAAAAUCUUUUAACUCAAGUGGACAACUUACUACUCAUAGGAGAAUUCAUACUGGAGAGAAACCUUUUGAGUGCAAUGAAUGUGGGAAAUCCUUUAGGUGGUGUCGAGAUCUUAAUGAACAUAAGAGAAUUCAUACUGGAGAGAAACCUUUUCAAUGUAAUGAAUGUGGAAAGUCCUUUAAUCGUCGCAAAGCACUUAUUGUACAUAGGAGGAUUCAUACUGGAGAAAAGCCCUUUGAAUGUAGUGAAUGUGGAAAAUUUUUCAAUCAGCGUGGAAACCUGACUGAACAUAAGAGAAUUCAUACUGGAGAAAAACCUUUUGAAUGUAAUGAAUGUGGGAAAUCAUUUAACUGGAGGGGGCAGCUUACUAUACAUAAAAGAAUUCAUACUGGAGAGAAACCUUUUGUAUGCAACGAAUGUGGGAAAUCCUUUAAUCAGUGUGGAAAACUUACUGAACACAAGAGAAUUCAUACUGGAGAGAAACCAUUUGAAUGUAAUGAAUGUGGGAAAUCCUUCAACUGGAGUGGACAACUUACUACACAUAAGAGAGUUCAUACUGGAGAGAAACCUUUUGAAUGUAAUGAAUGUGGGAAAUCUUUUAGCAGGAGUGCAUCCCUUACUAAACAUAAGAGAAUCCAUACUGGAGAAAAGCCCUUUGAAUGUACUGAGUGUGGGAAAUUCUUUAAUUGUCAUGCACACCUUACUGAACAUAAGAGAAUUCAUACCGGAGAAAAACCCUUUGAAUGUAAUGAUUGUGGAGUCUCAUUUAGGUGGAGAGGACAGCUUACUAGACAUAAAAGAAUUCAUACUGGAGAAAAACCCUUUGAAUGCAAUGAAUGUGGGAAAUUCUUUAAUCAGCGUGGAAACCUUACUGAACAUGAGAGGAUUCACACUGGAGAGAAACCUUUUGAAUGUAGUGAAUGUGGGAAGUCCUUUAAACAGCGUGGAAAUCUUACAGAUCAUAAGAGAAUUCAUACUGGAGAAAAGCCUUUUGAAUGUAAUCAGUGUGGAAAAUCCUUUAAUCGUCGUGGAAAGCUUACUGAUCACAAGAGGAUCCACACUGGAGAGAAACCUCUUUGACUGUGGUCAGUGUGGAAAUUUCUUUCCAUGUAUAGCAAUACUUAGUAACAUAAGAGAAUU